UUGUCCCGUGUCACACGUAGGGGAAACACCGCUGGAGCUCUAACACAUUUAUUUUAUGCUGGACCUUUACUCUGUCGCUCGACUUCAAAAUGGUUAACCUUGAAGGGUAGGAAACCUCAAAGAGUUACCAACAAUCCUGUGAUUUUUAACCUUGCAUGCUGGUCGUGUUGUCGUCUGAAACGAGAUUGCAAACCAAAGUAGCCUAGCGUUACUCAUAUUCAUGCAGAGUAUUUGAAAAAGUUGUUUUUCCCCCCUUGUAAUUUUACUGGGAUGCACCCCGAUGAAAACAGUCUUGGUUCUUUAAAUAUCGUCGCUAGAAUGUCGAUACCUUUGCCAGUUUAGAUGUAGAGAUUCGACGAACAGGACAGAAAUGCCAACAAUGAAGGUGGAAUCACCUAUCACUACAAUCGCAACAUGGCUGCUGCAGAGACGGCAAAGUAAGAAAAGUUUAGCCCCUGGCGUAUGAGUUUUAAUUUAAUUUCUGAACUUUAACUGAAGAGACUUUCUGAUUUUGACAACUUGACUCAUUGGAACAAGGAAACUGUGGAUUAUCUCCAGCAAGUGAGAGCGAUUGAGCCCGCCGUCUUCUGUUAUUUUUCCUCUCACGAAUCAAGCAACUUUUUGCAUUCUUGGUUCUCUGGUGCCUUCUCGCCAAAUUGUUGGGGAAUCUACGUUAAAAGCCAAAAUGCAUUUUUCCAUUCCUGAGACGGAGGUCCGUUCCGGUGAAAAUGGAUCCACGUAUGUGGCCUACAACAUCCAUGUCAAUGGUGUCCUUCACUGUAGAGUUCGCUACAGCCAGCUCCUGGGCCUUCAUGAGCAAAUUAAGAAGGAGUAUGGGAACAACGUGGUCCCGGCCUUCCCUCCCAAGAAGAUCUUCACCCUGACGCCCGCGGAGGUGGAACAGAGGAGGGAACAGCUGGAGAAGUACAUGCAGGCCGUGAGACAAGACCCUAUGCUAGGAACCAGCGAGAUGUUCAACAGCUUCCUGAGGAAAGCCCAGCAGGAAACGCAGCAGAUCCCCACAGAGGAGGUGCAGCUGGAGGUGCACCUGUCCAACGGUCAGAAAGUGCGAGUCAACAUCCUCACAUCGGACCAGACGGAGGACGUUCUGGAGGCAGUGGCGACGAAGCUGGACCUGCCCGACGAGCUGGUGGGAUACUUCAGCCUCUCGCUGGUCCAAGAGUCGGCUGAGGGAGGAUACACCUUUGUGAGGAAGCUGCAGGAGUUCGAGCUGCCUUACGUGUCGGUCACCAGUCUCCACAGCCCAGACUUCCACAUCGUCCUUCGCAAAAGCUACUGGGACACGGCGUAUGACAACGACGUCAUGGACAACAGAGUGGGCCUGAACUUGUUAUACUCUCAGACGGUGUCGGACAUCGAACGAGGCUGGAUCCUAGUCAACAAAGACCAGCACAGACAGCUCAAAUCACUGCAGGAGAAGGGCUCGAAGAAAGAGCUCAUCCGACUGGCUCAGACGCUGAAAUACUAUGGCUACAUCAAGUUUGACCCGUGCGUGACGGACUUCCCGGAGAAGGGCUGCCACGUGAUCGUGAGCGCGGGCAACAACGAGCUCAACUUCCACGUGAAGCUGCCCAGCGAGCAGAUGAAAGAGGGCAGCUUCAAGGUCACGCGCAUGAGGUGCUGGAGGGUCACAUCAUCGCAGGUUCCGGUGACGAAUGGAUCGGCUAACCCCUGUAGCUCGGCGAAGUGUGAGGUCAAGCUGGAACUGGCCUUCGAGUACCUGAUGAGCAAAGACCGUCUGCAAUGGGUCACCAUCACCAGUCCACAGGCCAUCAUGAUGAGCAUUUGCCUACAGUCCAUGGUGGAUGAGCUGAUGGUGAAGAAAUCUGGUGGUAGCAUCAAAAAGAUGCAAAAAAAACGACUCAACGGUGCCCUCCAUAGGUCGGACAGCAACCAGGCCGUGAAGUCCCCUCCAUUACUGGAUUCCCCUGACCCGAACCGUGAGCAAGUGGUCAAACUCUCGACCAAGUUGACCUCUGUGUCGCUCCGAGGCAUAAGCGCCUCCAGCUCCAACAACGACAUCAGUGGCAACGAUUUCCAUGGCAACUACGCAUUUGAGGGGAUUGGCGAUGACGAUCUGUGACCCCCUCCCUUUGACUGCUCCAGAGAAAAAAAGAGAGAGAAGGGGAGUGCUGGACAUAGACAGAAAGAGAAAGUCAUGGAGAGGGAGAGAAAUAGAGACGCAUACCAGAGUGGAGCCACCGAUUAUCUUCGGGAGACCAGCAGAGUUGGACAGGCUUGUAGCCCAAUGGCCCGUUCUGCCAAGCAUCAACCCAUCCCCUCCGGCCUGACCAUCCAUCUCUGAAGCAGUUCUCCCCAUCAAGUUCACCCCCCUACAUGACUGUACAGCGGUAAACCAUGGCCUAAAUUUAUAUUGAAUCAUUCCAAUGCUGUCCUAUAGCGCCAAGCUGUUAUCUCAUCCCAUUCUCAUUGUUUAGGGUCUUUUCUGAGGCUCAGUAGGCUUUUGCUUGUUCCCAUUAGAGAAAUCCCAUAUGGCCUCUCAACUAGAAUUACUGUAAAGACUUUUUAAGGUGUUUAUCUUAUUUUAUGUUCAUGCUCAUAGUCCCUGGAGUUUCUAAAAAGUGCCAAUCAUAUAGGGGCUAUAAGUAAAUUUGUAAAGGAAACAUUCCCCCAGCUUCAAAGGUGGUCACCCAUGGGAGUUAUCAUGACUCCAUAACUGCUGGGUUUUGAGUGAUGGCACUCAUUUCGACUUCUCAAUUGAAGCAUUUUUAAAUACUUAAAAAAUAAAAACUUGAAAUCAAACAACUAAAUUUAAGACGUCACCCUGCCCUACUUUCAAGGUUCUCACCCAGUGUAUUCUUCACGAUAUUUAUCACCAAAUGGAACUCCUGUGGUUCUGAUCGGACACCCCACCACAGCCCCAGAUUGUAGUUGUCACUUCCUAUCCCUCCUUGGCAAACUUGAAGGACAUGGUAUAAUUUUGCAUCUUCCGGUUCAGUAUUUCAUUCACAAAGUAUUUCCUUUACAUUUCGAAGAAAAUUUAUGUAUUUUAAAUAUCAAUGGUUGUUCUGGAUUUCUGGCACCUGGCUGGAAAUUCAGAGUUUGUAUAGCAAUAUUGAAAUGGAAUUGAAGAUUAAAUGAAGAUUAAAGGAUCAUAUUGAAUUCCCCCCACACUCCACAAUCACACUAUAAGGUCCCCUUUAGUGAGUAUUAUAAUGUAAAGAAUGUAAGCCCAAUCCAGUGUUCAGUGUUGUUGUGCCGAAUAUAGCACUCUGUUUAAUGGCAGUGUUCGGGAUGUAGUGGUUUGCCUGUUGUCUGCUGAACCUCAGUGUGUGUGGCUGAGCUGUGGACAGUGUGUGGCUUCUGUGAGUCAGGGGCGGAAUGGGGUGAUACACAUGGGGCAGCCUUUUGAGCACUGGUAAGCUGCACACUGAUGAUUAAAGUUUUGCAGAUAAAUGUGUUGCCCAGGGUCAAUUAGAAGGUGCCAGGAUAACAUUGCCAGGCAACACUGCUAAAAAGGUUGCACAGUCUCUCAUUGCCUUCACUCUCUGUUGCCUCUGAUUGCCCAUCAUCUGCAGUUUCUAAAGUUGCAAUAUGGGAUAUUUUUGCUGUUAAGAAAAAUCUAAAAUUCAAAUUAAGAACUUAUAAUGACGACUGUUUGUUUUUUUUACAUUGAUUUCUUUAUUCUGUGCCUCUUCAUUGUCUGUUUUGUUUUCUGUCACAUCUUCAAACUGUUGAAUAUUGGUUUUGGAUCAUUAUAAUUGUAGAUAAAAAAUGUAUUACAAAUGCAUGAAAAGCAGAAAACAUAUGAUCUCGAAAUUAGGAAUUUCUAUCUUUUGAGUAUUUGUUCAAAAAUAUUUUGAACAGCAAAACAAAAUCUGCAUAUUGUACCUUUUUAUUUGAUUUUUUUUUUUUUUUUUUUUUUUUUUUUGUACAAAGGUAUUUUUAGCUGCCUUAAAAUAGUUCAGAUGCCUUAGUACCCAACUGUUCUCUUCUGAUCCAGUAUCUGAUCCAGUAUCUGAUCAUGGUGGACUGGCUCUCAACCUCAUCCUAGCCUCUCUGUGCCAAUGAGAGUCCAUGGCUCAAAAAUUAUGUUUUUGGAGAAUUAUGGAAGGAUUUGAUGGGGUUUGUUUGUUUGGCAGAACUGCUUGCACUUGCUGAACCUAUAACAUUGCACAGUAUUAAGAGGGACUAAUAGCUAAUUUAUUGAAUUUGUAAGAGCGUGAAAGAGCAAGAGAGGAAACAAAGCGAACCAUGGACAACUACGUUCGGUAAUAUUUGAAAGGGGGAUACUGAGGAGCUAUCAUCAGAUUUCUUUUUUUGUUGUUGUCAUUGUUGCUGUUAUUCCAACCAAGAUUGUUUAAGGUUUCUCAUAAAUGCCAAAAUUAUAGUUUACUAAAGCAUUUUGCACAAAAGAAGCAUUUAAGAAUCAUGAUAAUGUCACUUUUAUAUAAUUAUGUACAUGCAAUUAAGAGUAUUCUGAGCAUUUACUAAUAUCUCUUACCAGUAAUCUAUUGUAAUCAUGUAGAAAAAUGUAAUCUAAACUGUGUCAAAUAUUAGAAACUAACAUGUAUCAUUGUUUACAGAAUAGUAGAAUAUCAUAGCAAGAGAGAAGUGUUUACAAAUUCUGCAUCUGAUCCCCCCCUACCCCCCUUCCAUUUUGAUCUGAAUACUAGUUAUGCAUUGUACAUUUUUGUUUUGUUGAGUGUCAAAGGUAUUCCAAGGGUAUUGUUUUAUUUUCUUUUAGAAAAAAAAACAAUUUUCUGUUUCACAAAAGGAAUUGUUAUUUUCAAAUCAUCUCAGAAGAUUGUGCUGCAACAGUGCUGAUUUCCAUGCCUUGGAGCACAAAUGACCACCUUCUUGUAUUUGUUGAUGGCCAUCAUUUAAUGUGACAUUUGUUUCCUGUGUAGCCUGGCUUUGAACACAUGAGAAUGUUGACUGACCAGGGGUGGUUGAGGAAGAGGAUCUGUUUGUCACCUGUCUCGUGUUUUAAAUGUUGAAAAGGUCCAGGGAAAGGGUCAAGCACCCAUCAGAUAAGCUCUCACGUCUGGUUGAUUUUCAAACAAAUUCUAGACUGUCAUUUUGAAACAAAUUCUAGUGUAUCAUUGUUCUUUCAUGGAAUUGUUUGUAUCCGGUGAUUAUGUUUGUCCCCCUGAUCUCCGAUGUAUUCACCAGCCUCUGAAAUGUAUAAGGGGGGGCUGUUUGUAUUCUGAGCAGAGUAGGCUAUGGCUCACCUAUCAGUAUGAUUUCAUGGUUUCUUUUAAACUGCCAUAUGAACUGUUGGGUGAAAAAAAUAAAUGGGAACUGCAGAGUGCUGGAACUCCAAUAAAUUUAGGUGCCAAAUAUCACAAACUA